AUGAGGCUGGAUCCGGUGCAUUUCUCCAUGCUGGUCAUUGGGGUCUCCUUCGCCUGCUACGCCCCGAGUCUCAACUCCCUCCAGGACCAGGCGUACCGCUCCGCCGUGGUCAUCGAGGGGGAGGUGCGCUCCUUCCCGGAGAACGUCUCCUCCCGGGAGCCCUACAGUGUGAAUGUCAAAGUGCUGGAUGUGUGGCCUGUCAACAGCGGCGGCCUCGAGAGGGAGCAGCUCGUCACCGUCGGGGACUUCGGCUCCGAGGCCCCGUGCACCACCGUGGAGAAGGACCACAGAUACAUCUUCUUUAUGGACCCCACGGCUGAGCCCUUGGUGUUCAAGGCAUCGUACGCCCCUCUGGACGCUAGCGAGCCGGAUCUGAAGAAGGACGUGGAGAGAGUGUUGUGCGAGGACUGCGCCUCGGCUCCUAGGCUGCGGCCCAUGCGGGGCCAGUCUCUGCUGGAAGGGGACAAGCUGUACCUGAAGUGCGAGGCGUCGGGGAACCCCAGUCCUUCCUUCCGCUGGUACAAAGACGGCCACGAGCUUCAGAAAGGCAGAGAUCUGAAGAUAAAGACCAACAAGAAAAACUCCAAGGUGCAGAUAAGUCGUGUGCGGGUGGAGGAUUCCGGCAACUACACGUGUGUGGCUGAGAACUCGCUAGGCCAGGAAAACGCCACGAGCUUGAUCAGCAUUCAGAUAUUGACCACCACCACCCCCUCAGCAGGCGUGAGUCACACGCGGCGCUGCAACGACUCGGAGAAGGCCCACUGUGUCAACGGAGGAGACUGUUACUUCAUACAUGGUAUUAACAAGCUGUCCUGCAAGUGUCCUAAUGAAUAUACGGGGGACCGCUGUCAAAACUCCGUCAUGGCCGGUUUCUACAAGCUUCUCGGGAUAGAAUUUAUGGAAGCUGAGGAGCUCUACCAGAGACGGGUGCUGACUAUAACGGGCAUUUGUGUGGCUCUGUUGGUGGUUGGCAUCGUUUGUGUGGUGGCAUACUGCAAAACCAAGAAGCAGAGAAAGAAAAUGCAGAGCCACUUGCAUCAGAACCAGAACCAGUGCGUGGAGCAGCCCAACCGCAUGCUGGCCAAUGGCCCCAACCACCCAGGGCCUGGACCUGAGGAGAUCCCCAUGGUGGAUUACAUCUCCAAGAGCAUCCCCACCACUGAAUGUGUGAUCAGCCACGGAGCGGAGGGCGCAGGCAACUAUGCAGGCAGCCGGAUGUCCACCCGCUCCCACCACUCUUCCACUGCCUCACAUGCUUCCAGACACGAGGAGCAGACUUGGAGCAUGGAGCGGACAGAGAGUAUGAACUCAGACUGCCAGUCGGGGGGUCUGUCCAGCUCGGUGGGAACCAGUAAGUGCAGCAGCCCGGCAUGCAUGGCGCGGAGGGCCACCCACUGGGGCUGCGCGACGUCUGGGCAGGGCAUGCAGUACGGAGACUCCUACGACUCGCUGAGGGACUCGCCUCACAGUGACAGGUACGUGUCGGCGCUGACCACGCCAGCACGCCUGUCCCCGGUGGAGUUCCACUACCCCCCGUUGCCACCCCAGGUGCCCACUUUCCAGAUCACCUCGCCCAACACAGGCCACGCCCUCUCCCUGCCCCCCGCUGCAGCCGCCUACCACAGAGAGGAUGACCAACCACUGCUACGAUGCCCUGAUGAUGGACUCUUAUACCGGCAGCCCCGUCGCCCGAGACGACCCUACCUGACAGAAAGCACGGGCAGCCUACCGUCGAGCCCUUACCGUCUGCCUGAUGACGAGGCCUACGAGACCACCCAGGAGUACGCCUCCUCGCGCGAGCCCAUCCGGAGCAGGCGGCGUCCACGACGCAACCGCCUCAACGGACACGUGUCCCAGCGCGCCGCGGGGCUGCGGGACUACAGCUCGCAGAGCUUCAGUCAGUCAGAGGAGGAGGACGAGGACGAGGAGGAGGACGGCCACGGGGAAAGCACCCCCUUCCUCAGUAUGCAGAACAUGAACGUGGACCUGCCUGUGACUGUUUCGGGCCUUCGCUCGUCGUCGGGGGCCGACACACGGACUCACCGUGGGCUAAACCGGCCGGGGAUCCGCAGCAACGGGCAGGGCCGGGGCGCCCAGUCACAGCGCUCCAAAUCUGACAAUAUGCCCCUUUAA